AUAGUCGGCUCACGACUCGUGAUUCGGAUCUUUUUAUUCGAGUGGUAUUCCUUGACUGUAGUCUGUUUUAAACGUACUAUAGGUCUUGGCUAAUAAUUAAACGGCGAUAACGGCGAGUGUUCAUUUAAGCCUUGGAAUAUUACUAACAGGGUGGAGUCGUUUUAUCUUCUUGAGACGAUUACUAAAUUAAAAUAAGAAACAGAAAAAAAAAGUGUUAACUUCUAACAUUUGAAUUAAACAUUAAUAAAUUACAUCAAUUUUACACGUGUGUCAGGAUCCCUAAUUAUGGAGAUCCUGAAAAAUAUAUCAUCAGCAUUUUGGUCGCCUGAUGUUUGGUUACCACCAAAUAUAACCUGGAAUGAUAUCGCUCCUAAUUCGGAAAAUAAGUAUGCAGAUUAUCGUCACCUUGCAUAUCCCAUUCCAAUGGCUCUCGGACUUCUAGUAGUGAGAUAUGCCUUAGAAAAAUUUUGUUUUUCUCCUUUUGGAUUAUCUAUUGGCAUAAAACCAACGAGAACUAAAAAAGCUGUUCCGAAUCCAUUAUUAGAGAAAGCUUAUUCUAAAAAAAUAAAACAUAAACAAAUAACUGCAUUAGCUAAGCAAUUAGAUUGGUCAGAGAGGCAAGUUGAAAGAUGGUUAAGAUUACGAAGAUCUCAAGAUAAACCUUCAACUCUGACGAAAUUUUGUGAGAACAGCUGGAGAUGUUUAUAUUACGUUCUAAUUUUCAUUUACGGUCUUGUCAUCUUAUGGGACAAACCGUGGCUGUGGGAUAUCAAGCAUUGUUAUUAUGGUUAUCCGUACCAUGCAGUGACAGAUGAUAUCUGGUGGUAUUACAUGAUCUCUAUGGCUUUUUAUUGGUCUUUGAGUAUAUCUCAAUUCUUCGAUGUAAAAAGAAAAGACUUUUGGCAAAUGUUCAUUCAUCACAAAGCUACUAUUAUUCUCAUGUGUUUCUCGUGGGUUGGAAAUCUUACGAGAAUUGGAUCUCUUGUACUAGUUGUGCAUGAUUGCGCAGAUAUUUUCUUAGAGGCUGCAAAAAUGGCCAAGUAUGCAAGCUAUCAAAAAACUUGCGAUGCUAUCUUUGGAAUAUUUACUGUGUUGUGGUUGAUAACACGUAUGGGAAUUUAUCCUUUAUGGAUUAUACAUAGCACUUCGAUAGCUGCUCCUAAAAUUGUACCAAUGUUUCCAGCAUAUUAUAUUUUCAACUCAUUAUUAAUUUUAUUGUUCAUAUUACAUGUAAUAUGGACACGUUUAAUUUUAAAAAUUGCUUAUAACGCAUUUUAUGCAGGCCAGAUGGAAGGCGAUAUUCGAAGUGACAGCAGUGAAGAAAUAUCAGAUGAAACUUCAAAUAAUGUCCAAGCAAACAACUCAGCAAGUAACCACUCUAAGAGUGCAAGUGAUAUGCAGCAUUAAUUGAUGUUUACGACAUGCUAUUAAGAUAUUACUCAAUGUCAAUAACAUUAAGAGGAUUUUAAACUAUAGGUAGGCAGUCACAAAUUGCUAUAUAAAAUUUUUCCUCCAAUAAUUAUAAUAAAUUCAUAACAUUGAUUCAAUAUUAGAAUUAAGAAAAAAAUGAACAAAAAA